UCGACAUGAACAUAAUCGGAUUAAUAUUGCCGAGUAAGAGAAUAAUGUUACCUAAUCAUGUACUUAAAGAUGUAUUAGUCAGGGGUUUAUAGUGAUUUGAGACAUAAAGCGCUCGGAUAAUCGUCCCGGAAUCACGAACUAUUCUAUUAACCCAAAUCAAUAUAACCCGCCGAUCCUCUUUACGCGUUAGAACCCCGCUUUUGUGCAUUGAUAGGGGUUUGUGGCGCGUUUACUGUUCCCCUACUCGCGUCUCCUCUUCAUUAAACCCAUUCAUUGAAAUAGUCGUACUAUUCACUCCAGCCUGGUUGAAUGAAUCCAUCCAACAAAGAAAAAAAACACCAACUUCACCUCGUAUAUCACACCAUUCAACCACAACUUUAUAAUAUCAGACGAAAUGCUAGCCACAAUGCCUGUCUUCAAUCUUGACUUCUCAUCGCCGCAUCGGCCGACGCAUUCUUCCCCGCUAUCAUCUUCGCCCAUCAGAGCAAACUCUCCACCUCUAUCCCCUCGCAAUCCCAACACACUUCCUAGAUUUGACACACAAUCUUCGCCUAUCCGAGCGCCAUCUCUGAAGUUUAAGUUUGCUUCUCGCGAUGCGAAGAAGAAUCCCUUGAGGCAAACACGAGAAAUUGCGCAAGAAAGUAGGCGAACAUUAUUCCUGCGAAAUGUACGAAAGCGAGCGGAUGACAGGAAAUGGGAAAAGAGAGGAGGCGACCAAGAGGCAUUAAAGCUCGAGUGGUCCAUAUUAGAUCGUCAACGACGAGAACAGAAAAACGCCGACAUUGAUGGCAUUGUAUUCGAGGAUGAGAUUGACGACAUCCCGGAGCUACAACGCCAGGUGCCCCCAGAGAACCCCGACGAUAUGAUGAUGGUCGAUGAGAUAGCCCAACAAGAGGAACGAGAGUUGGAUGCGAUGUUAUCCAUGUACGAAGCUCAAUCGACCCAGACAUCUCAACCCUUUGUUCCGCAAUCACCGGCGAUGUCCGACGAUGAAGAUUACGAUAGCAUCUUCAUGGAUCUCCUAUCGCAACAAAGGAGUAAUCAGAACUUCAUAUCAUCAGGGCAAAUGGACAUGUCGUGAGAUUCGGAUCGGAACCUCUUGUAUUCAUCCAUGUGGGCAAUGGGCGUUAACCGGUACGGAUCAGGAUUCAGGGUGGCAAGGGACAUUAAUGAUUAAGGGAGUUCUAUAGGAGGAUAUGGUAUGAGAGCGCAUCUUUCAUGUACAUGCGAUUUUCGGUAUCUGGGCCUGACAUUUUCCAGGCGUGUAUAUGCAAAUGAGGAUCAAUAGUCCUUCGUGUAUUUAUUGCGUCACUGAGGCGCACAGGCCUCAUCAGGUGCAUCAAGCACUUCUUUGGCAGAAGGCAUAUCCCCAACUAGGUCAUGGGGAGGAGAACCUGCUGCUUGCAUCUAUUGCUCAAGUUAGUACAUAGAAGCAUGAGGCAGAUAUCUCCUUGGAGAAUAAACUUGCUUACCUUCUG